AUGGCCCAAAAUAGGCAGGGUCAUCGACUUGAACAAAUAAGUGCGAUUCUUGAAGAUGAAGAAGAAGACUUCGAUGAGACAGACGAUGAGUUGGGCCUAGAAGGAGACGCAGAUACAUUUUGGGAGCCAGAGUAUGAAUCGAACUGUGUUCCACAUAUAACGUUGCUUGGCGGACGAAGAGAUGGCCUAUUGUUAUCAUUUUUUCAUUUAUUCAAUGUGUUUACUAUAAAUAAAUUCGUUAUUUAUAACUUCAAUAACAAUGAGGAUACCAUAAACAGACGAAUUUUUCUAAAGUUAUUAUCAACAGAAUCAGUAAAGGCACAUAGAUUAUCGCGAGCAAUAGUUCCGUCCCUGCCUAGUACUUUGAAAAAGCUAUUGUUGGAACCUGACUACGUCUCCUACAACAUCUAA